CGGUCCUCCAGAGAUGUGAGGCAAGUUUCACACUUGAUCUUGUUCGAUCCAAAAGACACAACAAAGCGCGCGGGACAGACGCUGCGGAUAGCGGAGCCCCCCCCCAAACGACUGGAUUAUAUUUCAGCGAGCUGAAACCAACCGGCCCACAAAUGAGCAACAGCAGAUGAUCUUGAUGAGGUCCAGUCAGCUGAUGAAAGGGGAGUGACCGCUUCAUCCUCCUCUUGUUGCACUCCAUCUAGGGGCCAGUGAGGCUGAAGAGGCGUCCCUUCAGCCCGCCUCAUACUGUCACCAUUUCCUCUCCAAGUUGGUCCCCCGAAAGUGUUUCAAAACUGUUUCUCCAACGCUUUUUCCAGAAACUCAGACUGUUUUCCAAAGCAGAAGCAGCACAGCCCUCCCAGACUGAGGUGAUGGGAAGCGUGCGAGCCAGUCGCUACAGCAUUGUGUCAUCAGAGGAGGACGGCAUGAAGCUUGCCACUAUGGCAGUACCCAACGGCUACGGGAACGGCAAGAGCAAGGUGCACACGAGGCACCAGCCACAGAGCAGAUUUGUAAAGAAGGACGGUCACUGCAACGUGCAGUUCAUCAACGUGAGCGAGAAAGGUCAGCGGUACUUGGCUGACAUCUUCACAACGUGCGUGGACAUCCGCUGGAGGUGGAUGUUCAUCAUCUUCUGCCUCGCCUUCCUGCUGUCGUGGCUGUUCUUUGGCUGCGUCUUCUGGCUGGUGGCCAUCUUUCACGGGGACUUAGAGAAUGGCGCCCAGAAGUGCGUCUCCAACGUCAGCAGCUUCACCGCUGCCUUCCUGUUCUCCAUUGAGACUCAAACCACUAUUGGCUACGGCUACAGAUACGUGACAGACGAGUGCCCUGUCGCCGUCUUCAUGGUGGUUUUCCAAAGCAUCGUUGGCUGCAUUAUCGAUGCUUUCAUCAUCGGCGCUGUCAUGGCGAAAAUGGCGAAACCCAAGAAGAGGAAUGAGACUUUGGUUUUCAGCCAUAACGCCACAGUGGCCAUGAGGGACAACAAGCUCUGCCUGAUGUGGCGUGUGGGCAACUUGAGGAAGAGCCACCUGGUCGAGGCACACGUCCGGGCACAACUUCUAAAGUCCCGGAUGACAGCAGAGGGGGAGUACAUCCCCCUCGACCAGAUGGACAUAGAUGUGGGCUUUGACAGUGGAGUCGACCGCAUCUUCCUGGUCUCUCCAAUCACUAUCGUCCACGAGAUCGACGAGGACAGCCCCUUCUACGACAUGAGCAAACAGGACCUGGAGAACUCAGAGUUUGAAAUCGUGGUCAUCCUGGAGGGCAUGGUCGAGGCGACCGCCAUGACCACGCAGUGCCGCAGCUCCUACGUCGCCAGUGAGAUCCUCUGGGGCCAUCGGUUUGAGCCCGUGCUCUUCGAGGAGAAGAACUACUACAAGGUGGACUACUCCCGCUUCCAUAAGACAUACGAGGUGCCGAGCACCCCGCUGUGCAGCGCCAGAGACCUCGCAGAGAAAAAAUACAUUCUUUCAAACUCCAACUCCUUCUGCUACGAAAACGAGAUGGCACUGGAGAACAAAGAGGACACGGACGAGGGGAACGGGGGCAGCGUUGGGCCCGACGGCACCCAGACAGACAAUAUCUCAGAGACUGAGCACAGCCAAGCAACGGUGCCGCUGGAGCCCCGGCCUCUGAGACGAGAAUCAGAAAUAUGACUGUUGAGACGUCAGACCUCAUGUGAGGGAUUUAUUAAAAUCACCUCUCUGCUCCGAAAGGCACAACGAGCCGAGCUGGGCCUUGGGUAGAGGACAAGCCGAAAGGUACUGCUGUGGGAAGCGGCAAAGGACUUUGUAUGUAAGAACUCUUGAGUACAUACAGUAUGACAAAACACAGCACUAUGAACCACGUGCAUAUUGCAGGAAGAAUUCUCCACUAAGUCCCCAUGAAUGUGCGCUCAGUGUCUGGUGAAUGCAAGGUGACAGAGAGGAAGGUUGUUGAGAUGACUUGAAACCUGCAGGCAUGUCUCAGUUUCUCUGUCCGGCAUGAACAAGACGCUUUCAGGAAGGUGGUUUUUAUAGUUAGAACAUGUUCUCAAGUGCUGCUAGAAAACAGUGAAAGUCAAACUUUCUUGUAGAACCAAAGAGUACACAAAGGGUAGAUGUCUGGAACAACGAAGGUACAAGUAGAGUAUUUGUUCACGAGCUGGUCUCAUCGCAGACAUCACAAGAGUCGAAAUAAAAACUUUCUGUAUGCAACAAAAACUUUAGGGACUCGACAGCACUGAUUUUCUGAUCUUCUGCUUUAACCCUUUGCAGCUGUUGAUCUGAGAGACGGUUCAUUGCUGGUCAGACUGAUAGAAACAUGCCUGCUCAUGUCAAGAGAUGGAGCGGGGGAGUAUUAACGGCAUCAAACUGACAGAGAAAAAUCAUUAAUUUAAACAGAGACCGGGGUAAAACGAGAAUCUGAAUGUUCUUAAAAGUGCUGCUAUGAUGUUGCUUCUUUUGUUUUUUUUACGAUUGAUAAAAGAAUACCAAAGAGUAUUAUUAUCAUAGUUAUGUGUUUCUUAAAAACAACACCUGCUUAGAUUUGGUACAAAGAAUUUUAGAAAGUUUAACUAAGGUUUUGUUUUUCAAGAAUGUGUGUACAGUUUGUUUUUAAUGUCGAUCAUCUUGAGCCACUUCAUCAAGCCUUAAUCUGAAAAAAGGGGGAAAGUGAAGAUGUAUAAAUCUACCAAAGUGGCAGAGGCUUUACUGCAGAGGACAGUAAACAGGAAUCACAACUUCUGUAGUGUUCGCUGAGCUGAAACAAGAACUCUGAUGUUUUAGGCGUCGACUUGAACCCAAAUCUUUAAACCCAAACUUGCUUUAAAGGGUUUUAAAACACAAAGUGGAAUGUGACUUUGCAAACUCCUUCCUGCUGUCUGACGCAGUGUUACGAUUGGAGAUUGUAGAAGAACAUGUCUUGCAAAAAUACCAGAUCUCCAAGUAGAACAUUUUCAAAGCCACGUUCCCUUUUUGUUGCUGAACGCAGCCUCUUCUUUAUCAACACUACUUGAGUUUCCAUUCUCUGUCCGAACGCUUUUCUUUUACUUGAGAAUGUAAGAAUUGAAAAGUUCAAAGCCACAUGUACUGUAACCCCGGCAUAUGAAGGUGUACUGCACAAGAGUUUGCAUCAACACAAAUUUAUAUCCUGUAUUUUAUUUCUUUUUUUUAAAGACAGAAACACAGUGACUGAAGGCCACUGGGCUCCAUACAUCCUACAUGUGUACAUACCUCCCUCCCUGUUGCAGUUGUUUUGUAUCAGUCUUCCAAAUGUACUGCAAACCGCGGAAUGUACAGAUUUUUGUAUUAAUAUU